CCCAGAACCGAUGCGCAGUCAUUUGGAUCCGCCCAUCCAGCUGUUGUGUGCUCCCCGGCCGGUUAUUUCAGGGGAGCCGGAUUUCCCACAACACCUGCCGCGAUGGACCCACUGGACGGGUUCGGUUCUCCUCUGCGGAUGGAGGCUGCGGCAGACAGCCGGUCCGCUUGGGCCCGCUUCUCCUCCUGGCUGGAGUGCGUGUGUGUGGUUACCUUCGACCUGGAGCUCGGGCAAGCCAUUGAGCUAGUUUAUCCUCAGGACGUGAAACUCACAGAGAAAGAGAAAUCCAGCAUCUGUUACCUGUCCUUCCCCGAUUCCUACUCAGGGUGCCUUGGGGACACUCAAUUCACUUUCAGAUUACGCCAAUCAGUCGGACGUCAGUGUUUCAGAGACGACGUGUACAAUAGAGACGCCCCCGUCACGCUGCAGAGGGAAACGGCACAUUUCUUUGGCUAUGUGUACUUCCGUCAGGUCAAGGAUGUCUCCAUGAAGAGGGGCUACUUCCAGAAGUCCCUGGUGUUGGUGUCCAGGUUGCCGUACACACACCUGUUCCACUCGUUGCUGCAGACCAUAGCGCCAGAGUUCUUUGAGAAGCUAGAACCGUUUCUGGAAGCAGUGUGCAAUGAGAUCGACCAGUGGCCUCCUCCCACACCUGGACAGACGCUCAACCUGCCAGUCGUGGGUUCUGUCUUACAGAUUAGAAUCCCUUCAAAAACAGACAAACCGGGAGGAAGUCCAGUCAGGCAGAUAACUAAAGAGAACCUCCUGCCAGCUCCAACGCUGCUGCCGACCAUCCAUGAACUGGACCUCUUUAAGUGUUUCCAGUCUGUUCUGAUUCACCUGCAGAUGUUGUGGGAGCUCACGCUGCUGGGGGAGCCGCUGGUCAUCAUGGCGCCGUCUCCAACAGGCUGCUCAGAGACCGUUCUGGCUCUGGUCAGCUCCAUAAGCCCUCUGAAGUUCUGCUGCGACUUUCGACCCUAUUUUACCAUCCAUGACUGUGAGUUCAGGGAGUACACCACCAGGACACAGGCUCCUCCAAAUGUGGUUCUGGGGGUCACCAACCCGUUCUUCAUCAAGACGUUUCAGAACUGGCCUCACAUCGUUAGACUGGGAGAGAUCAAGAUGGCAGGUGAUCUUCCCAAGCAGGUGAAGGUUAAGAAGCUGUCCAAACUCAAAACUCUAGACACCAAACCAGGGAUCUACACGGCCUACAAAACGUUUCUACACAAAGACAAAAUUCUUAUCAAGAGACUGCUGAAGGGAAUCCAGAGGAAGAGGCCGUCAGAGGCUCAGAGCGCCAUCCUGAGGAGACACCUGCUGGAGCUCACACAGAGCUUCAUCAUUCCCCUGGAGCGGUACAUGGCGAGCCUGAUGCCUCUGCAGAGAUCUGUCACGCCCUGGAAGACUCCUCCGCAGGUUCGUCCCUUCAGUCAGGAAGAGUUCAUUUCCACUCUGGAUCACACUGGCCCUCAGCUCACCUCCAUGCUCCGAGGUGAUUGGAUGGGUCUGUACAGGAAAUUUUUCAGGUCCCCCAACUUUGACGGCUGGUACCGUCAGCGCCACAGAGAGAUGACGCAGAAGCUGGAGAGCCUCCAUCUAGAGUCGAUCUGUGACGCAGACCUGCUGGGCUGGACCAAAGACAAGUCGGAGGUGGAGAUCGUGGACCUGAUCCUGAAGCUCAGAGAAAAACUGCAGAUCAAAGCUCGCCGGCAGCAUCUGCAGGUUAAAGAUGGAGUUUUGGACAAACUGGAGGCUUUCAUAAACUCCAUGGUCGGCUCACUUCCUGAAGACCUCCAGCCGGUUCUGAACACACGCUGAGGCCAUCAAACACAACCGUCUGCUGAACAUUUCUCCUGAAGACGUCCCGACGCCACAAAGAAGCCCGAACAAGGCAGAAGUCUGAAGAGUUGAGUUUUCAUGGCUUUUUUUUUUUUUUUUUUUUUUUUUUUUUUUUUGUUCACUACUCAGAUCAUCUUGGUUUAUUUAUCUAAAAAGGAAAGUCCAACAAACCAUGAGGCCGACCCAGACCCAGAACAGAGCCGUUAUUUUUAUAGGCUGACAGAGAACUCACCACACUGACGUGCUGCUCUUUAUCCUAAUGUAAAAUAAAACUUGAAUCUUGUUACCUCUUUUUGUUUUGAAGUGAAUUAAAACACUAAAACUGC